CAUCCUACGGUCACAGGCUCGUCUUCAUCCAGACCCUCAGUGCAAGCAUCGGGUUUCGAGAACUUCACCACACCUACCAUCUCCGAUACCUCGCCCUCAUUCACUUUAUUUCUCCUCUUGUCUUCGAUCCGGCAUACGGCUCUCUGCUUACAUUUUCAACCAUUCUUCUUUAACAAACCAUCUCUCUUUUUUACGCCAUUUUUAGCCGACUCAAGCUCACCCUCUUCCUCCCUCUCUCUCAGACCUCCUCUGCCUCUCUCCCCCCCCAAUUCCUCCUCCUUAUUCCAAGUAUACGUCUCCUUAUUAUGAUAAUACUGCACUUCUCCUGACAAACAUCUUGUUCUUGUCCUCUCAAGGGACGCGAUUUUACUGGCUGUCACAAUCUCCGUACAAUCAGCACGAACCCCUCGAGAUGUAGCGCUCAACUGUGCAUCCCACUCGUAAAGCCAUUGUGAAUAUUUUUCAUCAUUUCGUCUUAAUUACCGGUAUUCAUUUAGUGACCCGGCAGGGCUUAACUAUGCCGCGUUCAUGUACUAUUCGGAACUACUUAACUUGGAAAUGUCAGACUUGCUAACUGGUUGUAGUUAUACACGUGCUGCGUUCAAAUCAGCAAGUCGGACAUUUCCGAGUUUUCUAGUUGCGACUAGCACGUGAAUGCGGCAUUAUUCUUGCUGACUUCAUAACGGUGUUUCUUCCGGGAUCACUGUCAUCACUCCGCUACGGAGGUGUUCUUACUGGCAGCUAAUUGUUAAUCUGUAUUUAAAUUGACCUAAUUUAAUACAAUUCACGACUGGAGUAGUAUUGCACGUCGGAAAUAUGAAGGGAAUGAAACCGCACCUCAUUCUGUUGCUGCUCUUCGCGUCUUUGCUUUGUGCAGAGACGGCCAGAAGCCGGAAAGAUUCCACCAACCAGAAUAGUUUCAGAAGGGCGGCCAACGGAUUCUACCAAAUGUUAAGCAAUAUUUUUGGAGAGGACAACAUCAGAGGUCUUUACAAGUUCUUCUCCAAGACGACAGAACGCUUUGUCCAUGGUGUCGACUCCUUCCUGGACACUAUUUGGAAGAUCUGGACAGAGCUGUUGGAUGUGAUGGGCAUUGAUGCCUCCAACCUGAGCCACUACUUCAGCCCAACGUCUUUGACAAACUCCCCGGCUCGUGCCCUGCUCCUAGUGGCUGCUGUGUUGGUGGCUUACUGGUUCCUCUCCUUGUUUCUGGGGGGAUUCUUCUACCUGCUGCACAUUGUAUUUGGCCGUUUCUUCUGGCUGGCCCGAGUUACACUCUUUGCCCUCUCUUGCCUGUAUAUCUUGCAGAAGUUUGAGGGGGACCCCGAGCGUGCUGUGCUCCCUCUCUGUUUCGUAAUGGCUGUGUACUUCAUGACGGGGCCUGUGGGGGCGUACUGGCGUAGAGGUGGGGGUACUGCCUCUCUGGAGGAGAAGAUCAAUCACCUGGACACCCAGAUCCGCUUGCUCAACAUCCGGCUGAGCAGGGUCAUCGACAGCCUGGAGCGCGCCGGGGAGAAGUAGAGCUGACCCCACACACCCCACCGCUGACAGCGGCUGUAUCCGUCGGGUGCCGGGGGUUUGGGUGUAUAAGGGCCGGAAAAUCUAAGCAGAUCGAGGCUUUCUGUUACGAGAAAGAGCUUGUUUUUUUUUGUGUUUUUUUUAUUUUAUUUUUUAUCCUGUCUUGUUGAUAUUUUGUUAUAUUGUGUAACAUCUGCUGAUGGUUGCUCUUUUUGGAAAUUGUGUUCAAUGAAAAAAAUGGGAUGGAUGUUUGUUUUGGGUAUGUGAUGGUGUCAUAGCGGGACCAGACACAACUGUAAGUAUUCCCAUCCCAGUUAGCUCAGUAGUUAAUAGACCAAUGGCAGAUUUAUUUAUUGCAUUUUCCGUCCUGACACUGAGAUGUAUAGUCAAAAAUAAUGUCACCAUUCCAUUGUAGCAGUAGGUCAUUCCUAGCGUAUUUCAGGACCUCUCUUUCUAUAUAAUGGACAUACUGUGUGCGUGUGCAAGCGUGUGUGUUUUAUGCAUGUGAAUCAUUGGAAAAGCACUGGAAAAAAAGUUAAGACUGGCGAAACCUGGGCAGGCACGAAAAUCUCAGGGAGAAAUUUUUAAAAAAGAAUAUCAAGAACAAUUAUGUAAAUAUACCCCACAUCAAUAUCAACUUAACCCUUUACACUCGUGGGAAUUGGCCUAUAUGAAUAGGGCUAAAUUGGUAGCAAUUGAAAGGAAACUAUUUGGAGAUUAGGGGGAAAUUAUUUGACAAGUUGAGGACACAAUAGUUCACAAGACUGAAUCCAAACAUUAGACUGUUGAUUUUAUGUGCAUUUUACAUUUACUGUACUUUUCACCGCAUUAGUUUAUAACGAAAUCUGAAAAUAC